AUGCUUUUGAGCCACCCUUUCCUUUUUCUCGACAAUGCGGUGUUCUUUGUCGCGUGCACCCUUUUGCUGUAUUUGAAGGUGGACCAGAGGGGGAAACACGAACGGCUGUGGAUCCUGAGCUUGGACGAGGGUCUUCUCGUGAUGGUACGUCAAUGGAUCCGCGUCAACUCUAUCAAAAAUGGGGAGCCCAACAUGACAGCCGAGGGCUUCCGCGAGUACCUCAACACGGACGUCUUGCCACAGUCGGUGACGGUUCGCACGGCGCGCUCCCGGCUGCACAAGCUGGGGUGCGAGUACCGCGAUCGCAAGUCGGGCCUGUACUUUAACGGCCAUGACCGUGAAGACGUGCUCGCGUACCGGGUCGAGAAGUACCUCCCGGCGUACUUUGAGCACCGCGACUACAUGGAGAUCUGGAUCGAGGCGACUUCGGACGAGGCGUGGUCCUGGGAGGUGCAAGUGCAAGCGCAGGACAGGCAAAAUGAUGGGCGUGUUUGGGUUUGCGUGCAUGCCUUCAGGGAGACCCUCUCCGAACUUCCUCAGCAUCUCCGCGAGAGGGUCACCAGCAAGAAAACUUACUCUGACGGCAGGAGAGCGAUCUUCUGCUACCAGGACGAGUGCAUCUACAGGGCCAACGACGACCAGCGUUUCGCGUGGGUGCCACCCAACUAUCACGCGCUCAAGAAGAAGGGAGACGGUCAAGGCAUUAUGACCUCUGGCACCAUCGUCGACAACGUGGGGUUCGUUGCGGGUGACCAGGCUGAUAUCGACAAGGCGCAAGCCUUCCGGCGUAAGCGGUGCGAUACUUCGGCAACCGAACACGCGGCAGACGGGGCACCGAGCGCAACUCGCAUGAACGCCGGGUACGAGGGGGUGAGGAAGGGUAAACAGUUAGCUGCCCAGGACGCUACGACCCUACUGGUAGACACGCCCAAACUCAAGGAAGGGACGGUGCAGUACCCUACCUUUCAGGAGGGCGAGAGUCCUUUCUACGGCCCGGGUGCCGAGGAUCACAUUGGCAAGCUCAAGGGGCUGAAGCAAGAGGACUUCGCGAGCGUAGAGCCUAACCUAGUGGUGUUAGUGAAGCGCCAUGAAGGAGUGUCAAUCAUGCUCCCCAAGUUCCACUGCGAGAUCAACCCGAUAGAGCUAGUGUGGGGUAGAUCCAAGUAUUGGGUCUGGCGGCACUGCAAGUACACUAUCGCGUGCUUGCGGACCAAUGUUUCGAAGAGAUACGCGGUGGCCGAAGACCGCUUGAGUCUAGCAAUUGUGCAAAAGUUCUGCAGGACGGUGGCCAACUUCAACGAGGUGUACCGCGACGGACUCCAGGGCGCGGAAGCAGUACAGAAGAGGGACACCUUUGAGUCUCACCGCAAGCCGGCUCCGUCCGAGUACAUUAACACUAAGUGAUGUACACGUUUAUUCUGUGCUGUGUGGUGUUGAAGCGCGGGUCUGUGUCGCUGAAGAGGGGGAGUUUCCUGCCGUCGCGUGUGUCGAUAGUACAUGUCUGAGGCUCACUUGGAUAGAAAUCCGUUUGGAAGAUGGACUUGUGUCCGCAGACUUCUCGCCAACAAUGCGGACCAAAAAUCUCACCGUGGUAGGAGCACCCUGCGAGGAAGGGUUCACCAGCAGGGGUUUUUAAAAACUAGAAACUGCCCAGGCUCGAAUCACACACCCCGACCACCAACGCGCGCCACGCCAAAGCACGUCAGUUGCGAAAAAAAAAACUUGUGGCUUCCACCAUGCCGUCGGGAUAAUCUUAAUGCUAUGGGUAUCUGAGACUAAUCUAUUUUUAGCACAAAACCGACCUGUCCACUUUCGCCGCCGCUGCUACAACAAGUAGUAGUAGUAGCGUCUGUUGUGUUUUGUAUCGUUGGGACUGGUUCACAACACGUGCAAUGGUGGGCAUAGUACCUGCCAGCCCUCUUGUAGAAGUGGUUUCUCACAUAAGUCCUCUAUUCCAAAACAUCCAUGGGGACUCGUGGUUACAAGGUACGGCACCCUCGACACCGCGAAGAAAUCAAAAAACAAAUAUAUGUAGGCUACUGUAUAUGACACAAGAUAACACACCCCCUGGACGGAUUUUCAAAGCUCGAUUACUCCACGACGAAGAUGAUGCAUAAACGAAAUGAUACAUUUUCGAAAAGCUAUGAACGAGGCGGUUUCAACGCCGCCGUUUUCGGCGCUGUGACUGUUCCUGCAGUUUAGAAAUCGACCUUCGAAAAUCGGUCAAGGGGGUGUGUUAUCUUGUUGUCAUACUACAACGGAAGAAAAAGAAGGUAAGGUGGCCCAGCCCUGUCUGUUCCUGGUACGGUGGUUCCUGCUUACGGUUUGGCGGCGGCGUUUCUCUUCACGAUUAGUGCGGAAAUAGUUAUUUAGGCUCUCGUAAGGUGCAAAAGCGCAGCAGACCCAUGACGUCUCCAACAAAAAAUAUGUAGUCUUACAUCAAACAGCGGCUUAUUCUUUUCGUUUGUCUCUCUUUCCCUUUGCCCCUCCCCAGAGGUGCGCCGGGAUGGAAUGGAUGCGAAACGUCAUUUUCGGCGAGGGCAACGAAGGAGAAACCUCGUCACCAGUCAGGAUUAUUACGAGGCAUUUGACGGCGACCGGCGAGGAGAAAGAGGACAGCGAUGAUGCAGGAACACAUCGCGAGAUGCAUCCAGCGCGCAAGAGUAAGUUGAAGGCUCUUGGCUGUUAGAGUCACGUUAGUCGCAGCAGUGAAUACCUUUGUAGUCGUGUCAUCCCUUGUUUGUUCUGCUGUGUGUUACUCCAUUCGUUACGAACGAUCGGAAUGUCGCCCUGUUCAUAUUCCGACGUCAUUGCCGCGAAGAAAGGUGAACGCUCCAGACUGUCCAAAAGAUAACAUAUUGCGUCGGAGUCUUACAAUUCCUUGUGCUUUCGAAUGCUGUUGGGUGCAAGGGCGCCGAGAGGAUUCCGACGAAGAGGAGGAUGACGGCGACGUGGAGGAUUCGGACGAAG